GCGGGCAGACAUGGCGGCGGCGCGGAGGGCCCUUCGCUGGGUCCUGGCGGCGGCGGCGGCGCUGGCGCUGGACAACGGGCUGGCGCUGGACAACGGGCUGGCGCGGACGCCGCCGAUGGGCUGGCUGCACUGGGAGCGCUUCCUCUGCGGCACCGACUGCGCCGCCGACCCGCGCCGCUGCGUCAGUGAGCGGCUUUUCGUGGAGAUGGCCGAUGUGAUGGUUGCCGAGGGCUGGAGGGACGCAGGCUAUGAGUUUGUCUGCAUUGACGACUGCUGGAUGGCCCCGACGCGGGAUGAACGCGGCAGGCUCCAGGCUGACCCAAAACGGUUCCCCAGCGGAAUCCGCAGGCUGGCCGACUACGUCCACUCCAAGGGGCUGAAACUGGGAAUCUACAGCGAUGUCGGGAACAAGACGUGUGCUGGCUUCCCUGGCAGUUACAACCACUACGACCUGGAUGCCCAAACAUUUGCCUCCUGGGGCGUGGACCUGCUGAAGUUUGAUGGCUGCAACUCUGGCACGCUGGAGCUGCUGGCAGAAGGUUACAGGCACAUGUCUCUGGCCCUGAACAAGACUGGAAGGAGCAUCGUGUACUCUUGUGAGUGGCCUUUCUACUUGAGGCCCCUGCAGCAGCCCAAUUACACAGAGAUCAAACAGUACUGCAAUCACUGGAGGAACUUUUUUGAUGUCUAUGAUUCCUGGAGCAGCAUCAAGAGUAUCUUGGACUGGACAGCACUUCACCAGGACAGCAUUGUGAAGAUAGCUGGGCCAGGGGGCUGGAAUGAUCCUGACAUGCUGGUGAUUGGAAACUUUGGACUGAGCUGGGACCAGGCGGUGACUCAGAUGGCAAUGUGGGCUAUUAUGGCAGCUCCCCUCUUCAUGUCCAACGAUCUGCGGCGCAUUAGUCCUGAGGCUAAGUGGCUGCUCCAGAACAAAGAGACAAUCGCCAUCAACCAGGAUCCACUGGGCAAGCAGGGAUACCAGAUCACCAAGGACAAGAACUUUGAGCUGUGGGAGCGGCCCCUGGCUGGCCAAGCCUAUGCCGUGGCAGUGCUGAACCAGCAGGAGAUCGGGGGACCCCAGAACUUCACCUUCUCCCUCACCUUCCUUGGCAACGGGCUAGCCUGCAACCCAGCAUGCUCCGUCCGGCAGAUCCUGCCAGCCAGCAGGGACUGGGGGGUUUACAGCUGGGUCUCCUCCCUGAGUGUGGAGGUGAACCCAACAGGCACUGUGCUGCUGAAAGUAGUGGCACUAUAGGAGGCACAAAGACUUUUUGUAAGCCUCAGACUCUGUCUAAACAUCUUGUCCCAAGAAGCCUGUCUCCUUCCUCCGAACGGGGUGUCUUUCUUCUCUCCUCAGGCAUUUACUACUCAAAGUGCUUCUAUGGGGACUUUGAACCUUCAAGCCUAAUGUGACAAAUACCCAUUACUCCAUCACCAAGAGAUAACAGAGAAAGGGGUGCUGCUUCUCUUCCAUUUACCCUUUCUCUGGCAUCUCAGUGAACUCCUUCAAGGAGCUACAAGGGCCCCAGCAGGGCAGCAACUCCUGUUAACGCCCACUGCCACUACCAACCAAAGAAAUGCAAAGGCUACAUGCAGCAUCUGACAGCUCUCCUUGAGCAUUUCAGGGACAACAGGGAAACAUGCCUUGGCUGGCUGCCUUGCUUUUGCUUUGCCAGGCUGGGGCAUACAGUCCAAGAUCAAGAAAAGCUGCUCCUACCCCUGCUGAAGAAACCCAACAAGUGUCCUCAUAGCGUGGAUGUCUACUUCUACCUUCUGAACAACUCAGGGACUGGCCUAAAUCACUGCACUUCUUAGGAACCGUUUUCUUGACAGCUGCCUGCUUAGUACAAAUGUGAUUAAGUAUCAUGGCUUAGGAUUCAGCUUUUGAGGGUUUCUCCUUACCCCAAGAGUCUUCCUCCCACCAGUGGCUAUCACUUCCCUUUAGAUGACAGUUCCCUCUCCACCCUUCAUGGAGCCACUGGAGUCCCCUUCCUCAGUGAGCUGCCUUCCAGAAAUACCUGUGUGCUUUCCACUGCUGGCAGUAGCCUGUAGGUUGAAUAACACGGGUCCCUCCAAUACAGGGGAUGGAUACUUGUACAUGAUGGUUGCGAAAGUGAUUAUUGCAUAAGUGAUGAAGUAUGUUCUCUUCUGACUACUACACAAUCAGGAUAUCUUGAUUUGUUCUUAUUUCCAUGAUUGAGCACUGAUUAAAACAUCCCUUAAAAAGGCUAAGCUUUUUCUUUGUUCCACUGUACAGCAGUACAGCAUGGUAUCUGAAAUUAACUCAGGUUUUAGAAAACAGGCCAGUUUGUUCCAGUCACUAAGGUCCUGUGAAAUUUGUCACGACUACUACAAACAGCGCUCAGUAAAGCUGACACAAUGCAGCCAUACAGUCCAUCUUGUAGGCCAAGGCCAAACCACUGCUGCUAACAGCUUGAGCAGCAGGAGUUUGAAAAUGCCAAUCACAUCAGCCAGUACUGAAUAAGCAAAGAUACAAAUUCUGUUACUGUUCAGUAACUGAGCGCUCUCAGUCCCUAUGAAGAUGUGCAGAGGCAUUUCUCCAUCUUCCAGCUCUAUUUCCACUACAUGAAAGUUACUUUUGAGAGAGCAAGAUCCACAUUGCAUUCUCAGCACCUGCUGACAGUGGACUUCCUUCUCACAGGCAGCAUACUGCUACCUCAAGUGGAUGAUCCCAUCAAAGCCCAGGGUAGGCUAUCCUGUAACAUAGCAUGCUCUCCGUAGUUGUCCAUCAGUCACCACUCAUUUGAAACUUCAGUGCUGUGCUUAGGCUUUUUCUUCUAAGGAAAAUUCCAAGAAGAGGUCCCAACAGCAGUCAGACACAGGGCAGGCAGCUGAGGCCUGUCACGCCUUCACUUUUAGUGUGACAGCAUGCAGCUGGAGGAACCAUGGGCAUGAAGCUGUCCCUCUCCUGUCUCUGAGCUACUGUAACACAGCCACUGCACACAGGUCAUAGCUGAGCCGCAGCACAUAACCCCCAUCUAACAUUGCGUGUGAUGUUUCAUCAGAUGAACCCCUGGUACUGCACCCACUAGCUGCUCCAGGGCCUUUGCUCAUGUGCUGCCCCUUAGGGCAGUGCAACUGCUCCCUGUUUGUCAAGAGUGGCCUACAGUCAUGUGCAGGGGCUGUUGGGCAGAGUUUGGAUUACUCUGGUCCCUACUGUGUUGAAACCAUUGCUGGGUGCAAGGAAUCUUACCCACCUCUCCUCUCAGGCAAGGGCUUGGGAGAGGAAAAAGGCCUAAUUGGACACCUCUGCUUUUUUUUUCCUUUUUUUUUUCCAGUCACUACUUCAUCUACCAACAAUUCAAAUUCACCAUAGCAUUUCUGAAACAGAACCACUCUAAUGGAGUCAUGAACUGUUUAAAAUGAAACAAGCUCCAGAAGUUUAGAGGAGGCCCUUUUGAAGACAGCCUUCCACCAUGGAAGCUCAUAAAUAAGCCUGGAGAAAAGUAGCAACACAACACUCAGGCAGAGAAGCCACUGGUGCAAAAAUCCAUCAGAGCCUCAGGCUCUACAUAUUCUAAACCACCUCUUGGUAACACAGUAAGGAGAUCCCAGCCAUUGGCAGGGUUUUUUCAAAAGCCUUCAGACUAUGAACUGU